GCAUCAUUUCAGACUCAGGCAGGCGACAGAGCCCGUGCGCACUGGGCGUGCCAGGAGGCUGCGGGGACGCGCGCCCGUCCUGCUCCAGCCGUCUGCGCGUCGGCGUCCCGGGAGCGCGAGGCCCGCAGCCUCCAGCUCUCCCCGAAGCCGGAUCCAGUUCGCAGGUCUAGCGGGAUGCAGGGGUCCUGCGGGCGGAAGUGAGAGGGGACGCGUGGGAGGAGGCUGCAGGCUGGGGGUUGGGAUACCCUCCCCGACUGACGCCGCCCGCAGAGUCCAAGCAGGACCUGAGGCCGCCUCCCGACGUCGGGAGCGCCCGAGCUGGGCCUUUUUUGGAGUGGAGGGAGACGAGAAGGGCCGAGCCGCAGCUUUCGGGACAGGAGGAGGGGCUGCCUCGCGGGCUCCGCCGGGACCCAGCAAAGCCGAGCGAGCGCGGGAGCGGGCGGCCCUUCGCCUGCCUCCUCCUCCUCCCGAGCCGCCGUCCCUCCGCUAGCCCAACCCGGAACCCGGCGAGCGCGUGGGGGCGGGGACGAGAGCGCGCAGAUCUGGCGGGAACCCCCUCAUCCUGCGGCUCCCCAGUCAUGUCGGCGGAGGAGAUGGUGCAGAUCCGCCUGGAAGACCGCUGCUACCCGGUGAGCAAGAGGAAGCUCAUCGAGCAGAGCGACUACUUCCGCGCCCUUUACCGCUCCGGCAUGCGCGAGGCCCUGAGCCAGGAAGCCGGCGGCCCUGAGGUGCAGCAGCUGCGCGGCCUCAGCGCCCCGGGCCUGCGGCUGGUGCUGGACUUCAUCAACGCCGGCGGGGCUCGCGAAGGCUGGCUCCUGGGCCAGCGUGGGGAGAAGGGCGGCGGGGUGGAGGAAGAGGAGGAGAUGGACGAGGUGAGCCUGCUGUCUGAGCUGGUGGAAGCGGCCUCCUUCCUGCAGGUCACGUCCCUGCUGCAGCUGCUUCUGUCCCAGGUGCGGCUCAGCAACUGCUUGGAGAUGUAUCGCCUGGCGCAGGUGUACGGGCUGCCCGACCUGCAGGAGGCCUGCCUGCGCUUCAUGGUCGUCCACUUCCACGAAGUGCUGUGCAAACCCCAGUUCCACCUCCUGGGGUCUCCUCCCCAAUCCCCAGGGGACGUCAGCCUGAAGCAAAGGCUGAGGGAGGCCCGCAUGACUGGGACUGCGGUCCUCGUGGCCCUGGGGGACUUCUUGGGGGGACCUCUGGCCCCGCACCCCUACCAGGGGGAGCCCCCGUCCAUGCUCAGGUACGAGGAAAUGACUGAACGUUGGUUCCCGCUGGCCAACAAUCUUCCUCCGGACCUGGUGAAUGUCAGGGGUUACGGGUCGGCCAUUCUGGACAACUACCUCUUCAUAGUGGGCGGGUACAGGAUCACUAGCCAGGAGAUCUCCGCUGCGCACUCCUACAACCCCAGCACCAACGGGUGGCUCCAGGUGGCCUCGAUGAACCAGAAGAGGUCUAACUUCAAACUUGUGGCUGUGAAUUCAAAACUCUAUGCCAUUGGCGGGCAGGCUGUUUCUAAUGUUGAGUGUUACAAUCCUGAGCAGGAUGCGUGGAAUUUUGUGGCACCAUUACCAAAUCCCCUGGCCGAGUUCUCUGCAUGUGAGUGUAAGGGGAAAAUUUAUGUCAUUGGAGGAUACACGACUAGAGACCGAAACAUGAACAUCUUGCAGUACUGCCCGUCUUCGGACAUCUGGACACUCUUUGAAACAUGUGACGUCCACAUUCGCAAGCAGCAGAUGGUGUCUGUUGAGGAGACCAUCUACAUCGUGGGGGGCUGUCUCCAUGAACUGGGACCCAACCGCAGGAGCAGCCAGAGCGAAGACAUGCUCACCGUGCAGUCCUACAACACUGACACCCGCCAGUGGCUCUACCUCAAGGAGAACACGUCCAAAUCGGGCUUAAACUUGACUUGUGCGCUCCAUAAUGACGGCAUCUACAUCAUGAGCAGGGAUGUCACCCUGUCAACCAGCUUGGAACAUCGAGUUUUUCUCAAGUACAACAUCUUUUCAGAUAGUUGGGAAGCAUUUAGGCGUUUCCCAGCCUUUGGACAUAACUUGCUGGUUUCCUCUCUUUAUCUGCCCAAUAAAGUAGAAACGUGACUGAACUGAAGUGAUACUUAAAAGAAACCUGUUCAAAACAAGAAAAAAAAUGCAGUGUCCCAUUUCAAGGGAGACUGAUUUCUAAAGGGAUAUGUGGGUUAAAUUAGUUCAUAUAUUCAGCAGCUGUAAAUAAGCUUACUUGAACUAAUUACUUGAAUAUUUGUGGAGAAAAGAGAACAACUUUAUUUUUUUUUAAUUAUUAUUUUUGAAAGUAUGGGAGCAAAUCCACGGUUUUCAUCCAAGCUCAGUAUCCAUGGAGGCCAGUGGCUGAAACUCAUCGUCAGGUAGAUUUGUUGUGUCUGCUUAGUACAAGGCAAAGUCAGUAAUUGGCACAAAUCGUAUAGAUUGUUUUUUAAAUCUAUUUUAUUUAGUUCACUUGAAAUAUUAAUACCUUAAGUGAGAGUUUUCUGUUGUUCUUGUUAUCACAUUGCUUGGCAAACAUCAAUGUUUUCAUUCCCUCCUCCCCCACACCCAACCACACCCACACAUCCUCCUAGCAUGUUUAAAAUUAGAGUUCUGAGUUCAGAUGUUUUAUCUGCACACUACUUUUCAGGAACUUAAAACGAUGAAACCCUACAGCGAAUCCUUGCAAGCAUAUAGUACUCCCCCAAACCAGCAUAAAAACAUUCUCAGCUAUUUUUCAAGUCCUUUUCUUUUCUUUUUUCUGGCACUUCCUAGUGCUGGGUAAAUCGGCGAUAUACCCUCUCAUUUCAUUUAUGUGGCUGAUUGCUGCCUGUCAGAUAAAUUGCAUUGCUAGUCAUUCUGUAUUAUUUAAAACAGAGGUUAUAUUGUUUAAAAGGGUAGAUAUAUAUAUUUAAUUUGCUCUAUAGUCUUAAAUUUAAAUGGUAAAGAAACACCAAAUGAGAAAAAUUUUGCCUUGAGGAAAUACUUUUAUUGUCUUUGUUAUUAUUUUAAGACUUAAAUAAGACAAUGCUUAUUAUUUUUUUUAAUCAGGUAUCUUUCUGAUUUGAGAUUAGCCUUUCAAAUGGUGCUUUGCUUUUGGGAGGUAAAGUGAGGUAGGGAAGAAGCUCUUAUGUAAGAAGUGCAAUUGUCUAAUGAUUUUUUCUGAAAUUAGGCAAGGUGCCAAAUUCUUGCUUUGGUUGUUAAAUCAAAUGGAACCCAGCCCAAGUAGUUGUUUGUUUUCGGUAAGUCAGUUAACAAUGAAUAGAAGCUUCUGCUAAUCACAGAUCAGCAUUCCUUGAAAAAUGGAUAGGCUUACUUAAGGGAAUUUUGUUCUGAAUGAAAAACACUUUCUGAAAUCCUCUUAACUUUUAUAAUGGAAUCAAUCAAACAGUUAUCCUCUGUAAUAGCAGGCAGAACCCUUCCAGUUAUAGAGAGCCUCACUAAAGACCCAUAGAAAAACAAAAACUCGCAUGACAAAUUCAUGCAUACAACAAAUGCUGAGUGCCUGCAGUGUGCCAUCCACUGGAUAGUAUAGGAUACUUAAUCAUUUCAACAUAAUGCUUCAGUUUAUUAAAGGAGUCACUACAGGUUUCUUUACAACAUAAUCUCCUAUUUAAUGUAAGGGUCUAGUUAUAAACCUUCUAUUAGGUAAAAUGAGGUAAGCCUUUAUUUUGGACAUGGAAACGAGCAUUCUAUUUUGUCACCAAAUAAUCUUAACAAUAGUCUUCUUACAGCACUGUUUAAGGGUUUCUAAGCCAUAUCUACUUACAAAUACUUUGCUAUUUUUUUUUUAAACUCUGAACUGAGAUCUUCCCAUGAAUGGUACUUUAAUAAUAGAUUUAUAUUAAUUUAUAUUUGUUGUAGAAUUGAAUUCCCAGUGACCUAUAAUUUCAUUACAUGUAUUUAAAAAUCUAAUUUAUUUUAGUGUUACCUUUUGUUGUAAUAGAGCUUAAGUUUGUAAAGCCUUAACCUUAUACCCAGAAGAUCCUAGCCGAUUGAAUUAGUUCUAGACAAACAAUUGGAUAUGUGUUAUAAAAUAUGAUAUUAUUCCUGCCAACCAGUUAUCUUACUGAUUAAAUUUUGGGGGUCUGUUUUCCUAAUGCCAGCAAUUAGAUUCUUGGACUAAGUAAAGGCAUACUCUCAAUCACAAGGCUUUUUUAAAAACCAAGUUAGAUGUGUGUGUAUGCUUGUGUGCUAUAGCGCUCUGUAAGAAUCACAGACUUCUGACAGGAUUAUGUUACUUUGGGCUGUCAGCAGUGCUUGGGAAAAAUGGAAUGUGCAAUAGGGAUAGAGCUGUGGGUUUGUGAUGUCAUUCUUCUCCUGUGUGCACGUCAGCUAUGUUGACAUUUUGAGCACAGUUUUAAUUUAGUUUGCUCUUAUUGAUGCUAAUGAUAUAUUAAAGACUCUACCUAGGAGGAGGGUGAUGUUUCUUUGAAAAUCCUCUCAUCCCCCAGGACACUUCCUUACUCUUUGAUAAUUCCAUCUAUUUUCUUACCAUCCCAUUUCUCUAAAUGCUUUAGCCUUCUUUUCUGAGGUGCUUCUGAGGGGUUCUCACCUCCCACCAUGGGGAGGGAAUCUCCUAGGAGGACCUGGUGACAGCCACCCCGUCAGAAGUACCGUGUAUGACAGAGGAUGUCCUGAAUGGCUGAGAGUGGGUCCUGAGUGUGGGAGAGGGGAGGUUGUUGGUCCUUUUGGUCAUUCUUUCUGGUUUUCCCUUAAACACCCCUAGUUACAGAGGUCUCUCUUCUUAGCAUCCUUUGCCAGUUUCCCUGAGAAAUGUGUAAGAGUUGAUUAUUUUGACAGUAUUGGUUAAUUCAAUUGGUACUUAUAAUGAAGUACUAAAUUUAUGGACACUGGUAAGAAACAAACAAACAAAAAAAGGCUUAAGAUUAAGCAUGAAAACCAAAGAGAAUUUAACUCUGCCAUUUCUUUUUUUUUGAACCAAGAUCCCAAGUAAUUGCAAAUGGCUUAGAUAUCAAUUAGAGUUGUACUGAGAUGGACACAAACUUUUAAGCUCUUUUCCUAAAAAGGGAGUCAUGUUCCCUGCUCUCUUUCAAUGCACAUUGCUUACUGAGCACUGUGGGUGUGGUGUUUUCAGAUUUCCAGGUAGAGUUGUGACCUUCCUGUUUGACCACACAGGUAAAUUGAGCCUUCGGCUUGCUGGUCAACCAGUUUUUAGUGAGCAGUGCUUAGUAUAGAACCCUCCAGAAGCGGCAUCGCAACAUGAAGGGCACGUGGGUGAGUAUCCACGCCUUCCCCCAGACCAGGGUUGAGAACUAUAUAAACCUGUGCCACCAUCCUUUUCAUGGGAGAUUAGGAAUGAAUGUGGCACUCCUUUCCUCUGUGCCAGGACUUGGCUUCAAAAUCCAUGCCAAAUCGGUCCUUCCAGGCAUCCAAACCAAUCCAUCAGAGCAAGAGGAAGUGUUUCCCAUCCCUGCCUUUGACAUAGUCAUAAAUGAAUUAGGUGGGUAGAUAUCACCCAGAAUGUCUUUGAAAACAAUGAACUAAUUCAGCUCAGUUCCCAGGUUCCCAGAAAUGCUUAUUGAGUGUAUUCUGUGCAAGAUAAUGGUAAGAACUGAGGCUAGGGACAUAAGCCACAGUCCCUGACCUUGAAGAGCUUACAGCCACAUGAAAAUGUUAACUGUAACCCUCUUCCCCAGAGCAUCCCUUUCAAAGAUGCCCCUUGUAUUUCUCAGGUCUGCUGGGGCGCUGUGGUCUGGUGGCCUCUGCAGUCUUGGCUCAAUCUGCCUGGCAGAUUUACUAGCACAAUUUACUGGCAGCCAUCAUGAAACAGUUUUUCUUCAGAUUUGAACAUCACAUCCUAUGUUUUAUAUUUUUGCUGUGUGAUUUUUCUCACUAUUUUAAAAAGUCUUCUCUAUUCUUUUGUGAAAAAUUAAGAAUCCAUGUACUCUACUCUAUUGAAAGAUGCUCACCAAGCAUCACAGCCUUUGCAGCUGAGGGUUCAGUAGCUUGAUCCAGGGAGAAGUUGCAAAUCCAGGGAAGUGAGUAUUAGGGGAGAUGUAAGUAGAGAGCAGCAUCUAUAGCUAUGCCUUUAAAACUCUUCCAUAAAAAGUAUCAAUGAAGAAAUGUUCAUUAAGGCACUGGUCUCAACUAAGUCAAUUGAUUUUUCCUGGGUGAUGACCAAGUAUCCAUCCUUUUAUUCAUACACUUGAGUAUUUAUUUUUCAUUUUUUUUUUUAACUUAGGAACACAAUAUACACUACACACCAAUUGACACAUGCUGACUUCUGUACUUGAUACAACCACUUUAUCCAUUCUUACUGGAGACAGAUUAAAUAUAAAAGAUGGCCAACUUUGAAGAUCCAAAAAAUGCUGAAAUGACUUUUGCAGGUUUGGCUGGUGCUUUCUUAAACAUAGUUUAUUACUAGGAAAGGAAAGGAAAAUAUUUGUAAUUUGCAAAAUUGUGUCAUUUUUCUUGGAACAGGGGCUUUUUAGGUCCCCGCAAUGUUUUCAUAAAUAGUAGUCAUUUGAGGAAAUUUGAUAAGAUGUGGAAUGAAGAAUUACAUUUUGUUAUGAUUGAUUCUUUCUUUGUGAAAAAUGUUGCAUUGAGUUUUCAAGUUUAAUUGUGGCUUAAAAACAUGCAUUAUCAUGUGAUUCAUUUAAAUUCAAUGAUGUUUAUGAAGCACUCACUAAAACAGCAUUCGUUUUGUGUUUAUAAAGAGAACUA